AUGGAGAAUGAGACGAGCGAAUCCAUCACUGGGGUUGGUACCCCCGCUGAGGAAGCAGAGCACGGUGGGCAAGAUGAAACCGCCCAGGACGUCGUUAUCAAGUCAAACAUAAACCCUCCAUUCUUGUCAGCUUUUCUUAAGGCCUCACAAUUUCCCAUGCCUAGUCAGCAACCGGCAUUCUCCAUCAUCACCAUCUCCAAAUCCUUUUGUGUUUAUACUAAGUCGUCCGACCAACCAUUUCCAACUGACAGAGCCCUGAUGCGGAGUCCGGACUCAAGCAUUAUUCAACCUGUUCUGGUACCAUUGCGACUGAUAACUAUCUUAAGUCUGAGCAGAAUAAGCGAACUAUCUAAUCCGAUUAUGGCCGAACUGGGGCAAGGAGAAUCUUUAUUGGGCUCCUCCCCACUUCUGCUCACGAUAGUUUGGUACUCUAAGCUAUUAAACGACUUACGUCGAUUUCCUCUAGGUUUAUUGGGUUCAAAUGCUAGAGUGCCAUCCCAUCAGCAGUCUGAUGACGUCUUUCAGAAUUAUGCUCUUGUCCGAAUGGGAUUCCAACUGCGAUACGAUGGUACCAAUGCAUCAGAGUGGAUCUUUACCAUUGGGCUAGACUUGCAGGCCUCGAGGCGCCUUGUGGGCGCGAUCUUUUUGGGCAACUUUUGUUGUGAGGCUGGUCCAGAUGUCGAUCAUCUGAGCCGAUUUGGCCCCAAGACUUUAAUGUAG